CAACAGCUGUGUUGAGAAGAAGGUCCUUGCAGAGAAGACUGAAAAUCCAAAGAAUUUCAGGAUCAACUAUAUGGCGGUGAACGAGGUUACACUGCUGGAGACUGACUAUGACAAAUUCCUGUUUCUCUGCAUGAAGAGCACCGUCACCCCCAAGCAGAGCACCAUGUGCCAGUACCUGGCCAGAUCCCUGGAAGCAGAUGAUGAGGUCCUGAAGGAAUUCUUCCGCACUUUCAAGACCCUGCCCGUGCAGCUAUGGUUCCUCCUGGAAUGGUACCAGGUGGAAGAGCCGUGCCCUACCUAGGAGAGCUCCUGCCUGGUCCUGCCUGCUGGGAAGACCAGACCCCCGCCCAGCCACACCUCCAGCAUCGUACGACCUCCCCCUGCCCUUUCAAAGAAUGUCCACGGCGCAGAAGACGACGGCGUGGCCACCGUGUUCCGGUCCCUUCCUGCUGCACACCUGCACCUCGGGCGUGGGGAGGCUGCUCCCUGGGGACCGCGUCUGGCAGAGAUGAUUAAUAAACCCAUACAACA